AUGCCAAAGGUUGCACCGGAUGUGAUCAAGAAGGCCAAGUGGAAAUCCUUGGAUUCAAAGUCGGAAAGCGAAGAAGGAAACGAUCCUUACCGGCACACGAGCAACCAAAGUACGCAAGAAGAAAACGAAAGCCGACUUGAGCAAGACGUAUUGGCAAUGCUCAAAAACCAAAAGCAGGUCAGUAACAACCUCAGCGAGUGUAACUUCUGUCAAGGCAAAGGCCACAAAGCAGCAGCAUGCCUGAAGAUGAUUCAGCAUGCGAUAAGCCAUAAGGCAGGGUUGUUCAGCACCCUGCGUUGGAGUAAAUUGUGCCGGUAUUGCUUCCGCGUCGGAAAAGGCAAGCGAGGCCGUGCAAACGCGACUUACUGCCCAGAGGUCGUCGGAAAAGGUUGGGCCGGGCAUGAUGAAAAGACGUGUUGGCACAAGGACGAUGUGGAAAAGGCCGAAGCCGAAAAGAAGCGAAAGGAAGAUGAAAAUGCUGAGGCCCAGAAGUCAAAGUUCACAGAAGAGGAAGGUGAACGAGCGCCACAGAGCCCAGAAAAGGAGGAUGAAGACGUGACAGAGCUCAUGGCAGAAGCGAAUGCUGAGGCAAGAAAGAAGCAAAGCGAGACGAAGCAAAAGAAGAAGGCAGAAGUGGAGUGGAACGAUAACAAGUCGUUGCACGAGAUUGCAAAGGAGAUCGAGGAAGUGAAGAAGAAUGAGAAGGAAGAAGCAGACAAGAUCGAGAAAGCGAGAAUCGAAAAGGCGAGCAUUGAAAAGAAGAUGCAAAAGGCCGAGAAGAAGGAGAAGAAGCGGAAGGAAAAGGAAGAAAAGGAGAAGGCCAAGAAGGAGAAGAAGAACAAGCGAAAAAAAGAGAUGAAGAAGAAGCAAAUCGAGAAGAAAGAUUGA